AUGGCUCAGAAGGCGGAGCUGCUGUACUGGAAUGUCCAAUGGGAUGAGAGCCUCCUUCAACAAGCUGGAAAAACAGCUGCAGGGCCGCUGUUUAACAUCACGUGCUCUGAGGACGCAGUCCGUCAGCUCCACCUGCCACACUGUGAAACAAAGGAGGCGUUGUGUGUUGAUGGCCUGCUGUCUGUCGCGCACGUCUUUGAUGAUGGGAUAAGCAUCUUGAAACCGAUGAGGAUCACCGACACGCAUGUGAUUGUGAACGUCUCCCACCUCUCUGCCUUUGGCCUUAUCUGGAAUUUUGUUAAAAAGUCCUUUAAAAUCCCAGAAGCAGGCCAGGUUCUGCUGUUCCUGCGAUUUAAAGACACAGUGCCUCUAAAAAUCAACGUGUUUCUCCUGCAUGAAAGAAUCCAUCUGUCAGAGGUUAAAAAGCAACAAGGCAAUGAUGCUACAUACAUUGAGACGUCUUCAGACUGCGUGCUUCACAUCGGUCAGCGUUACAGUGUCCACUGUGAACCCGAGGGCCUGAAGAUCCAGCCGAACCACGCAGAGUUUCGGAACAAGCUUGGACCGAAUUACUAUCCAACAUUUGAGGUUUUCCUGACUGCAAACCUGGAGGUUGUGACUCUGAUAGUCAAGGACCAAGAUGGAAAUGAAGCCUGGCGUCGUGAUGUGUUUGUCCCAGAAAAGGACCGAGUCUCACCAGAGGACAGCGCACACCACAAAACAAAAAAAGAUGAGGAUAAGCUGCUGCUAAUCCGCUCAGAGUUUAUUGAAAGAGUGUCUGCAGAGGGUUUAGACAAAAUUGUAGAUAAACUCCUCGAGCGUCAAAUUAUAAUUGCUGGAGAGAUGGAGUCUGGGACAUGUGAGACAAAAAGCAGAGCAAAUAAAGUGCGAUGCAUAAUCGACACCGUGAGCCGAAAAGGAAAUGACGCCUGCAGACAUCUGCUCGAUGUUCUCAAAGAGGUGGACCCAACCCUUUUCAGAGUGCUCGUGCCAAUGGACUGAUUCUCAUAUAGUCAAGUACUCAGAUUAACAACAACAAUUUCAAGGUGCUUUAUUUUGUAAGGGAAGGACUUUGUCUUCAAACUUUGGUGGUUUGAAGGAUUCUGGAUCAACUCUGCAAGUUUAUUUUUUUCAGUCUUGAUCAUCUGAAUCAAUCAAAUUAAUGUUACUGUGAAAUUAUUCUAAUUAUUUUGUACAAAUUUUGGCUGUUAUGUGUUUACUUUGCAUUAGUAUUAGUAA